AUGACCAACCCAAACUCCUUCCCCUCCACCACCACCACCCUCAUCACCGACGCCCCACCACCCAACACCCCAAACCAACCCAACAACAACAACAGCAGCAGCAGCAGCAGCAGCGGCGGCGGCGGCGGCUCCAUCAUCGACUCCUUCCCCACGCUCUUCCCCCUUGUCAUCGCCGGCGCCUGCGUGCUCGGCCUGAUCCUCGCCUUCCUCAUCAUCUGGUUCACGCGGCGGGCGGCGCCCGCCUCUGCGCCCAACCAUCCCGCAAAGGCGGUGGUGCCGACGACGCGGUGCUGCUCAGUCCCGAGGAGCAGCAGCGCGCGGUCGUCGGGCGAGGGUGAUGAUAAGGGGGGGGGUGGUGGGUUGGGUGGGUCGGCCAGGAGGAAGUUGCAGAAGGCGUGUUCGGUGGGCGCGGAGCCCGUGUGGUGGGCGCGGGAGGGGGGCAGUGGGUUGUUGAGUGAUGAUGAGGAUGGGGAGGGCCGCGGGUGGCCGAGGAGGCAUGUUAGUUUGCCGUUGAUUCCGAGGGCGUGUAGUAAGGGGCAUUUUCAUUUUGGGGUGGGGGGUGGGAUUGGGGGUUCGUCGUGUCGGUGGCCGGGGAGGGGUGGAGUGGAUAUGGGGGAGGUGAAGGGGGUGGGGAAGCGGAAGCCGGCGUGGAUUGAUGAGGAUGCGUUGCAUGGGCCGAAGGUUAGUGGUGGUGGGAAGAAGAAGAAUAAGGGGCGCGGGUCCUGGCCGUUGAGGAACCGCACGCCGACCCUGCCGAGGGUGCAUCAUACUGUUCAUGGGUACCCGUAUAUGAUGUCGGGGGCGAGGGGUGAGUCGUCGGAGGCAUUGCUGGGUGAGAGUCGACCGAAGACAGCGACUGGGCUGGAGUAUGCCCAGCUACGGGCAUCCUCGAGGGAUCUUCCUCAGCCUCCCAAGCCUGCUCUCGUUUCCAACAGGGAGAGGCGCACCAUCAGACCAUCGGUUACCAUGGGGUAUGUGUACGGCGCCUCGAAGAUCCCAACACCGUUCUUGAGUCCUCCUGCCAGCCCGGUUCAGUCUGCUCCGACCACGCCGCAGAGACAUAGGGGUCGGCAGCGGUCGACUGAUUCGACCUUGACUGAUAUCUUGAGAUCGACCGAAGAGCGGCUACGAGAAGGGAGCGUUUCUGGUACAACUAGAAUCCGGAGGGCUACCGCAUCACCUACUAGGGCGUCACCUGGCAAGGUCUUUGGCCCCAGGGAAUACGGGGUGCCGGUAUCUCGCGCGAGAACCCCGAGCCCAAGCAAGAUCGUUACCGGGGAGCCCUUCACCCCUGGCCACAGGCGGCAAACCUCGCGGCAGUCUGUUUCUUCAGAUAGUGACAGCCUUGUGGGCGAGCAACGCCCAGUUUCGGAUGUUCCAUCAGGGCUCACAAGCCCGAGCCGGGCGCAGAAGAAACAAGAACCCGAAAGACAACUGCUUCCGGCGCAGUCAACCCGCACUUCGCUCUCGUCUGAGCUCUCCACGCUAUACAGCGAGGAUGAAAUGCCAGACGAGGUCAAGCGGGCCAUCAUGCCCCUCGAGGGCCUCGUGGUGCAGCCCCAACAAGCUACCAAAGUUCGCCCCCCGUCGAUAAACGACCCGUUCGUCAGCGCGCCCCUCGCGCUGUCGGUCUCCCGGGCGGCAUCCGUCGGCGGCUGGCCGACUAAGCAUAGCAAGUCCCAAGACCUCCUACGGCAAAGCGUGCAGCGAUCACAACGGCUGCGCAGUAUGACGGUUGGUCACACCCGUGCUCAGUCUCAGGGUCUGAUCCUGGCACCUGGUCCUGCGAUCCACAGACCAAAGGCGGGUGUGUUGCCGAGUAUCUCGCCCUCGCGCAAGGAAUCGGUGAUCAUCCCCCCAUCUAUGCAGCCGUACAUUGUAUCGAGGGCUUCGGAACCGCCGCCGUCCCCAACCAGGCAGUCACUUACGGGCAACAGCCCGAAUAAACCGCUCUUCCUCCGAGUAACCAAGACCAGCACGCUAAGCACCAUUCCCUUGCUCCCACCGCCAUCAGCCCCAAGCAUCGACAUAUUCAGCAAGGCAGAGUCUAAGCAGCACUCACCGAGUAAAACAGCCACCAUAACCGGGCAGCAGCAGCAGCAGCCAGAACGCCGCUCCAAAAUCCUACUGCUCUCAUCCACGGAGCGCUCCAGCGCGCCGGCCUCCCCAACCCGGCGCGUAGGCGGAGAACUACGCCUAUCCCUCAUCCUACCGCCCAAACCACUCCAAGGCCUCCAACACCAGCGCGCCAGCGCCUCCUCGUCAGUCUACUCGCAGGAAGCCAGCCCCACCACAACCACCGCAACCGCCCAAACAGCCAUCGAACUCAACCGGGCCAACUUCCGCGCCAACUCCUCGCUCUACCCAGCCCCCCUCUCCCCACACCCCCAACAAAAACAAAACAACCCCAACCCCUCCUCCGAACUCCCCCUCGACAACAACAACAACAACACCACCACCACCAUCACCACCACCACCACCCCCCCACCACCAACCACCACCAACCCCCCAGACAACGACGACGAAGACACCCCCCUCGCCCUAACCGCCACCAUCACCUCCCUGCGCCGCAUGAACAGCGGCCUGAGCACCGUGUCCAGUCUGCUGAGCAUUGCGGACAGGGAUCUGAGUCCUAGUCCCAGUCCGAGUCCGAGUCCGGAUAGGGUGUCGGGGAUGGCGGUGAGCGGGGUGGUUGGUGAGGAUGGCGGUGGUGCUGCUGGCGAUGGUGGUUCGCCAGAGCGGUUUGGUGGGUUUGGUGGGUUUGGUGGGGGAGGCGGAGGGGAGAGUCCCCGGUCGAGGCGGAAGAGUAUUGGGACGAGGAAUUAUUAUAUUCUGGGGGGUGGGAACGGGGUGUCGUCGCGGAGGGGGAGUCGGGUUGUGAGCUGUGGUGGUGGUGGUGGGCGGAGGUCGAGUGCCGUGCUGAGACUGUCGCAGUCGGAGUUUGCGGCUGUCGGUGAGGAGGGGAAGGAGAAUAGCACGGGGAUGGGGGGGUUCAAGGUGGCAGCGGGGGAGUUUACUUUUGAAGUGAGCAAUCCUAAUGUUUCGGGGAAGGGCGGGCUUGGGUUGAGGGAGGGGAGCAGCGGGAGUGUGAAUGCACUGGUGAUGCCGCAGCAGAAGGACUCGCAGAGACUAUCCCUUGCGUGGAGGCCAGCGGAAGGGGGUGCCUCGAGGAAUGGCUCGCCGGCGAGGUUCAACGGCAGCCCAUCGAGGCAGAGCAUGAGGAGUGUGGAAAUGUUUGGGCUUGUAUGA